AACGCGAAUUAAUCCACCAAACUUUAAUAAUUUUUUUCGCAAAAACUAUUAAUUUGCGAAUAUAAGUUCCCGUAUCAGAUUGUUUUUAUUUUUUUUUUCUACAUAAUAUAUAUUCAGCUUCGAUAUAAGUGAUCGGACACCCUGUGUUAAAAGUGGUGCCACAAUACGGCAUCACAUUCCAUUAAGAGGGAGGUGAGCCGACUGGGCUUCCGUAUGCUACAGUAUGUACAAGUAAAGAUAUUUUGUUUGAUUGAUUUAAAGUUUCAAUAAUUUUCUGUAUUUUUACAAAAAUUAACUACUCCAAGAAGAUAAUCAUUAUUAAUUAAUUUUACCUGACUAUUAAAUAGGUGAUAUUUGGAUUUUGUGUUCGUAUUUAUUUCCUUAAAAUUGUUUAAAUAUGAAACUAUUAACCCAUAAUAUGCUGACGUCUAAAUGUUUGAAAGGAGUUAAUGUAGGAUAUCCUCUGGGAAUUGUGGCCAAAGACGUAAAGGUGUCACAAGUUGAUUUCAGUUCUGAAUUUAUUGCUCGUAUUAUUCCGAAAUUAGACUGGAAUACUUUAUGGAAAGCUGCUGAUAGUAUAGGACAUGUAAAUGAUUUACCAGAAUCAUUGAUUCAAGAUUUUGAAAAUAAUGAAGAAUUUCUCAAAAAAGUCCAUCAUGUUUUAUUAGAAGUGGAAGUGAUGAGCGGAGAUCUGCUUUGUCCUGAAUCAGGACGUAAGUUUCCCAUUAACGAUGGCAUUCCAAACAUGCUGUGUAAUGAAGAUGAGGCGUAGUCAAGCGGAUAAAUAUUCUGUAUAUUAACAAUAAUUUUAAAUUAUAGAGAUUAGCAACAAUUAAAAAAAUAAUUUAUUAUAAAA